AUGGGGCUGCGGCUGCUCGUCUGGCUGCUCUGGGCCCUGGGCGGCAGCGGCUCGGGGCUCCCCGGGCCCCGCCACGAGUCCGGGCCCCACGGAGCCGGCUGGGGCGCCCGGCGCGCAGGCGGCAGCACCAGGCGGCAGCGUGAGGACCUGGGACAUUAUUGGCACGUGACGCCCCGGAUCCUGCAGGGCAACCAGACACUCAGCAUGGCCGAGACAGAGGAGGUGGCUCCGGGCGCCCGGGCACUACUCUAUUACCUGCCCAACGGCACGCGGGUGACGCAGGCCGCUGGCUCGCAGGGAAACUGCUGCUAUCGGGGCCAUGUCCGGGAGUAUCCAGGUUCCUGGGCCAGCGUCUGCGCCUGCUCCGGACUCAGCGGCAUCCUCGUGGCCUCGGAGAACAGGAGCUACGGCCUGGAGCCGGACCCCCAGGGGCCCCGCGGGAGGCACCUGGCCUACAGGCCCCGGGAUAUGCGGCUGGGACACAGGGAGUGUGGGCUGGGCCCUCCCAACCACACGCACCCGCUGCUGGACCUGGAGCCGCGCAGGGGGAAGCGGGAGGCAGCCCCAGAGCAGCCCUUCGUGGAGCUGGUGAUGGUGGUGGACCAUGCAGAGUUCCAGAAUUACCCCAACAUGGAACGGAUCCAGACCCGGAUGCUGGAGAUCGCCAACCAGGUGGACACGUUCUAUCGGCCCCUGGGCGUCCGCGUGGCGCUGCUGGCGGUGGAAGUGUGGAACCAGGGGGACCCCAUCACCGUGGGGCCCAGCGCCCAGGCCACGCUGGAGCGCUUCCUGCAGUGGAGACAGAAAGAGCUGCUGCCCCGGCUCCCGCAUGACAACGCCCAGCUGCUCACGGGGGCCCCGCUGGAGGGGGUAGCGGUGGGGAUGGCGUCCCAGGCCUCCAUGUGCUCGGCCGCGCGAUCGGGCGGGGUCAGCGUGGAUCACUCGGUCAGCGUCCUGGUCGUGGCCUCCACCGUGGCUCACCAGCUGGGCCACAACCUGGGCAUGACCCAUGACGGUGCCGGGCGCCAGUGUGACUGCCUCGGUCCCUACCAGGAGCGGAGCUGCAUCAUGGCGCUGCCCACGGGGCUGAUGCCCGGUCUGAGCUUCAGCAGCUGCAGCCGGCAGGACUUGGAGCGGAGCCUGCGCCGGGGCCAGGGCUGGUGCCUCUUCAACGUGCCCGAGCCCAAGAGCUUGGUCGUGCGCCCGCACUGCGGGAACUGGCUGGUGGAGAAGGACGAGACGUGCGACUGCGGCCUCCGGGGGGAGUGCACUGACCCCUGCUGCAAUGCCAGCAGCUGCCAGCUGGCCCCUGGAGCUGAGUGCGCCACGGGGGAUACCUGCUGCCAGGACUGCAAGCUGCGAGGGGCCGGCUCCACGUGCCGGGAGCCCCGUGGUGAAUGCGACCUCCCCGAGUUCUGUGACGGGCUCUCUCCACGCUGCCCUCCCAACACGUACCUGCAGGACGGGCAACCCUGCGCCGGGGGCCGGGCCUCCUGCUACGGGGGGGCCUGCACCACCUACCAGGGCCAGUGCCAGGAGCUGUGGGGCCCAGGUUCGGGCCCCGUCUCUGACGUCUGCAUGGCCUCCCUGAAUGCCAGGGGGGAUGAGCAUGGGCACUGCGGGCAGCGCCCCAACGGCACCUACAUCCCUUGUGCCCAGUGGGACGCUGGCUGCGGGAGGCUGCAGUGCCAGGGGGGCAGUGCCCAGGGCACCCUGGAGGAUGGGGGGGCACCCAGCUGCCGCGGGACCCCCCUGCCCCUGGGCGAGGAUGUGAGCGACCUGGCCAUGGUGCUGCCGGGCACGGCCUGUGGCCCCGGGAAGGUGUGCAACAGAGGCCAGUGCCGGGACGUCUCCGAGCUGGGAGUGCAGGAGUGUGGGAGCCAAUGCCACGGGCACGGGGUCUGCAACAACAAGGGGCACUGCCACUGUGAGGCGGGCUGGGCCGCCCCCGCCUGCAACAGCCCAGGGGCCGGGGGCAGCGUGGACAGCGGCCCCGGGGGCCUGGAGCAAGGGGGCAGCGCGCUCCCCACCACCCUGCUGAUCCUGGCCACGGUGAUCCUGGUCCUCGCUCUGGGGUUUUGCUACGCCAAGCGCACCGGCCUGCACCAGCACCUCUGCCAGCUCGGCAAGGGCACCAGCUGCCAGUACAGGUAA